AUGUCUCUCACGUCGCCCGCCUUGACGCGACAGAAGCUCUGCGUCGAUUUCGGCAGUCUGAAGCACGCCUGCCCGAAAGGCAUCUACGUGGCACCAGUCCCCGAGGAGCCGCUUCUAUGGACGGGUGUGCUCUUCGUGCGCAAAGGUCCCUACGCCAACGCCGUGCUACGAUUCCAGAUGGUGUUUCCGGACGACUAUCCGCAGCGGCCGCCCGUGGUCGUGUUCCUGAGCGACCUUUUUCAUCCGCUCGUGACACCGCUCACCGCUUACACGUACUCUACCAGGGAUGCCGGUGCUGAUACACAGAGCGCUAUAGAUGAGCAGCGCUUGCCACCGGGCGGGCUCAGUCUCCGCCACGGCUUUCCUGAGUGGUUUGAUAAGACUGAUGGUGAACCGGCGAACAGUGUGACUGCAUCAGACGGCGGCGACUCUGCAACUACGCAGCAUGCGCCUAGUGCUACCACGCAAGGCACAUCGAGCACAUGCGACCAUGAGCGGUGGCCACAUGUCGUUGAGUUGUGCCAAUACAUGCGCAUCGUGUUCGACACAGAGGAUGUGCUGGACACGAUCCCAUUGACUGCCGCUGCUAACGCCGGCGCGUGGCAUGCCUGGAAAAGUUUUCGUGAUAAAGGCGCAGGCAGAGCUGCCCCAGUGCCAGGCGACGUCCGUCAAUCUGGCCAGGAGCGAAGUCUAUCCCCACGCCAACAGCCUGGUGGUGCCCGCCGACCCGGCGAAUGGAACUGGCAAGGUGUAUGGGAGGAUAGAGUAAAGAGAAGUGUGCAAAGUACCUUGUCUGAGCCAGUACUUUUUGGCGGUGACAGCAAAGAUGUGGUAUGA